AAGUAUUUGCUUAACAAACAGUAAAAACAGUGCUUUUUAUCAAAUGUUAUAAAACAAGUGAUGUUUUAUUGAUUUGAAAGUUGACUUCAAUUGCUAUAUAGUAUUGAUUUGUGGCCCAAAACGUGGAAACAAAACAGUAAUUAAUUUACAUAUGAUUUGAUACCAAAUCUAUCAGUGAUUCAAAUAACAGUAUUAAAAGACAUCUUAUGUGUCGUCAACCGAUUUGAAGACCAAUGAAAUAACUGUCACCGCAAUUGAUUCCACUUAAAGAUCAUUUAAAGACUUAAAUAAUCAAUUGAAAAGAUAAACACAUAUAGAGAUACAAUGGAUGUAAAGCCAGUGCUGAGUUCGGGCGGUAAGUGUCUGCCUUUUGGUUCACUAUCGGUGGACACGAAUUCGCGGACACCAUAUACUGAUGCGACCCAAUGCAAGAAAGUGACAAAUCAUAUAAAGAGACCAAUGAAUGCUUUUAUGGUGUGGUCUCAGAUUGAGAGAAGAAAGAUCUGCGAACAACAGCCAGAUAUGCACAACGCGGAGAUCAGUAAAAGAUUAGGAAAGAGAUGGAAAACAUUGGCUGACGAUGAAAGACAUCCCUUCAUUGAAGAGGCCGAACGACUCCGUGUCCUACAUAUGCAACAAUACCCGGACUAUAAAUAUAGACCACGAAAGAAGGUGAAGACAGCGCCCAACGUAACACCAUCGGCCACAACACCGCAGUUGUCUCCCGGAAUGGGCUCUUCACCGGCCAAAUCUGUAGCCAACAACAGGCAUAAAGUGUCUUCAGGUAUGUCUUCAGUCGUUAAGAGCUCUGCGCACAGUUCGCGUCUGGCGAUCGGCGGCCACUCAACAACGUCAUCGCCGGCGCUGUCUUUCGCUCUCAACUCAAACAGUCGAUUGAAAUUCAAGCUAACGAUCGAUAAAAAAUUAAAAGAUAGUAUCAGACAAAGCAAAGCGGUUCCGAUGGCCGUAAGUCAGUUGACCCCUCCGGCCAAAGUGCCCUCAAGUCCGGGCGCAUCGGAUUCUCCCGGCUCUCCCGAAAGUGCCAAUCUGUCCUUUUAUGAUGACAUUUGCUUAGAUAAGUCCAGUGCCGAUACCGAUGAGUUCAUGACUGACGACACCACUGGCGUCAUGACUCCAAUGACACCGACUACGACUCCUUUCCCGACCACAACGACAAUCACUGGCUCGCCAUUCACUGGUACUGCCAUUAAUGACCUUACGAUCGGUGCGCUCACCGGAAACGCUAUUCAUAUUCCGUCCAAUACUGGAUCGCUGUUAACUCCAACCACAUCCAAGGCCUCGUCACUCACAUCUAACUCUUCAUCCGUCAGUCUCUCAGAUUUAGACGACUUGAGUGAUGUCCUCCAGUUUGAAUCAAACUGGGCUCAAGAGUUGGCAAGUUUUAACUUGACGCCUAUAUCAGUAUUGGACAACAUGGACACGGCCUCAUCGAGUUCGGGAUCACACUUCGAGUUUCCCGAUUAUGCUCCCGAAGUGACCGAUAUAUUGGGUGAGGACUGGGGUGACACCAGUCUCGCCAAUUUGAUUAACUCAUAGACUUACAACAUAUUAUUAAUGGUCUCUAAACAUAAUUAAUGGUUUUUAUGAGAGACCGGUUCCGCCACCAACUGCUCACAAGUGACUCAUUGAAAUUGGACUCUGGAUUAGCCAUCGAUUUCAUUAAUCAGUAAAUUAAACAAAACU